GGUAGCGGACGUCGUGGACGUGGUCGGUCUCGGUCUCGGUCUCGGUCUCGGUCUCGGUCGCCAAGCCAUGGACAGAGUGCCGCAAGCAAGCAGGGAGGAAGGGAGCGGACAAGCAGGGAAGGGACAGAAAGGAAGGACGUUUCCAUCAAGAGAGAGUAUACCCAAGUGGAAGUGGUGCCUGUGGUGGAGCAUGCCGAGGUGGUGGGAAGAGUUCAUGAGUACUCGCAACAUUUGGCCCGACAGCGAGUCAUGCGGACUAGUCUCGCUGCUGGUUACGCUACCGUUCCGCUGGAGUAUCAUCUGCCAUCAGACAAGCCUGUUCGUGGUGUAGUGCCCUUUGCUCGCCCGUACAAUGCGUCUUUCCCAGCGCCCGAGGCCUGCCAAGCGGUGGUCAAGGCGAGCGAGGACGGUGGUGGUGCGGCAAGUGAGAGAGUCCGGCCGGUGCUCGAGGGUGUGGUAGUGGUCCUUGCUGGGACUGACUUUGUCAUGCUCUCUGCCGGUGACCUGGAGCGACUGAUUGAGAUGUCUGGCGGGAUUGUGGUGCCGUCGCUGACGGGGCCGGAGACGCCGGACGCGACGCAUGUGGUGUUUGGUGGCGGGUACGCGGACCUUGUGUUGCCCGCGGCGUCUGAGGCCGGCAUUCCUGUGGUCUCGGAGGACUGGAUCUUUGAGUGCCUGCAGUACUCGAUGCUAGUUGCCGAGAAGCGGUUCCUGGUCUCGUACGCGCCGCUUGACGAGCUUGCGUUUGUAGUUGCCAACCACGGGCCGGAGGACGGGUUCGCGUACGGGCGAGCGAGCGUGGCGCGGCUCAUCUACGCGUACGGUGGGACGCAGUACGAGUCUGUCUAUGCCAAGGUCCCUCACGUGUACUACGUGGUGCCGCUCUCUGUGACGUUUGACCAGAUUUCGGCGGUGCUCGACGACGACGUACCGAUUGUGUUUGAGACCUUUGUGUACGACUCGGUCCGCAAGGGCUACGCGGUGCCCGAGGCCGGGUACCGGGUGACGCGCGAGGCGUUCUUCUUCCCGGGCCUGGAGGUCCUUCCGCUUGUACCUGGGGUGAAGGCGGAGCAGCUGAAGGAGCGAGCCAAGACGACGCUCUCGCACGUGUGGUACGAUCUGUCUGCGGCGGCCAAGAUGGAGUCUGGCAUCGGGUUCAUGUGCCUCCUGCCGUCGUGCAACACGCCUGUGCCGGGGCCCAAGGCAUACCUGCGGUCGCACAUGAUUGUGCACCACCUGCGCGGCGAGUGGGCGCCGCUGGGCACGGAGCCGUUUGACUCGCCAACGGUGGCGUACGCGACCAACGGGGUCAAGUACGCCACCUUUUCCAAGGGCUCGCGGCAGUACGCGGCAGCCGCGGCGCGCGCGGCAUCGGGCACGGUGCUGGAGCCCGGGUCUGCCGCGGCGGCGGGCUCGCUGCGGUCGGGCGGGUGCGUGACGGUGUGGGACGUCGACGCGCAGUGUUGCGGCGAGCCGUGCCUGCUGCCGCCGCUCCCGGUUCAGGUCCUCACGUGCUCGCAGUGCGAAAAGGUGUUCCACGGCAAGUGCCUGCGGCUGACGGCGCAGCUUGUGGACAACCUGACGGACCGGUUCGACUGGCGGUGCAACGAUUGCAAGGCGUGCAAGGUGUGCGGCGACUCGGCGUCGGACGAGGCGAUGCUCUUCUGUGACGCGUGCGACAAGGCGUAUCACACGUUCUGCCUCAACCCGCCGCUCGAGCGGGCGCCCGAGGGUUCGUGGCACUGCUCCGAGUGCUCGGGCUCGCAGUCAGUCUUCCGCAAGAACAAGUCGCGCCAGCUCUCGCAGGCCCAGGCCGAGAUCCUCGACAACUGGCUCUUCUCGCACGUCGACAACCCGUACCCUACCGAGGAGGAGAAGCACGAGCUUGCCGCGCUCACGGCGCUUCCAUUUGCCCGCAUCUCGUCGUGGUUCACCAACGCCCGCCGGCGCAAGCUCCGCCGCUACCUUGAGCAGCGGGCCGCCGCCGAGGCUGCCGCCGCCGCCCGCGCUGCGCAGCACGCCGAGUAG